AUGAUUCAGCUACGCCUGCGCAAUCUUGUUCUGCUGCACUUAUUGGCCGUGGCCAGUUCGGAAUAUGUGUACGGCGAACCAGAAUUCAAGUGUCCCAAAAAAUCCAAGGCUUUGUACCCCUGCGAAUGUGUAAAGGGCAGCGACAGUGGGCUCUAUGUGCGUUGCGAGAAUACCAAUUUGGCCACGCUGUCGGUGGCUCUUCAGAACUUGGCCUCCUUUGAGCUGCCCAUCGAGGAGUUGACCAUAUAUAGGGGUCAUAUUGCUCGCCUCUAUGGUCCUCUGUUUGCCAAUAUCAAGGCACGUUUGCUGAUUAUAGAAGAGACGCCGGUGACCACAAUUGAGGAUUAUGUCUUUUAUGGCGUCAACAACACCUUGGAGCAGCUACAUCUGCUGCGCACGAAUCUUAGUCAUGUGGGACAACUGGGAUUUGGCAUUCUUGGCAAGACCACACAACUGGUAAUCGAUGGCCAUGCCUUGGAGCAGCUGCCCAAGGAUCUCUUUGCUGGCCAAGAGAUCACCAAUAGUCUGGGCAUCAUGCGGCUGACCAAUGGAAUACUGAAUGAUCUGCCAAUAGAGACCUUUCAGCCUUUGCGAAAACUCAAAACCCUCGAUUUGCACGGAAAUCAGCUGGAGAACCUCAAACGAAAUCAGUUCAAGAACCUGAGGGAGUUGGAGUUGCUUGAUAUAAGUCACAACAAGAUCAAGAAGCUGGAGGCGCAGCAUAUAUCCGAUCUCACAAAACUGGGCUGGUGCAAUGUCUCUCACAAUGCGUUGAGCGAGCUCAGUCGCGGCACUUUUGCCCGGAACUCGGUGCUAAAGGUGCUUAACUUGUCACAUAAUAAUAUUGCGAAAUUGGAUGCAAAUAGCUUUAGGGGAAUGCGAUUUCUGCGGCGACUCUUUCUCAGCGAUAAUGCCCUUACGGAUAUUGGUCGAGGGACCUUUGGCUCGGUGGCUCGCAUUGGAACGAUCGAUUUGGCUCGUAAUAAAUUGACGAAAGUAGAGUUCCAGAUGUUUACCCAAAUGAACUACGUGGAGCUGCUGGAUCUGGCGGAGAAUAAUAUUACCAAAAUCGAAAAGAACUCCUUCAAAGAUAUCUAUCAGGCUGUGAUUAAUGUCUCGCACAAUGCUUUGGAGCUCAUAGAAACGGCGGCCUUUGAAAACUGUGUUAACAUCACGACUCUUGACUUAUCGCAUAAUCGCUUGGCCAACUUUUCACGGCGUAGCUUCGAUGAGACCACCUUUGCUUCCACUUUCCAGCUGAGCUAUAACAAACUUACUAAUUUAGCUCAGAUUCCAAUUCAGAACAUGACUGGCUUGCGAGUAUUGAAUGCAUCGCACAACAACAUCGCUGAGAUACCCAAAAACUGCUUCCCCAAGCUCUACGAGCUCCACACCAUCGACGUUUCCCACAAUAACAUUUCGAGCAUAUUUAAUGGAGUUUUUCAAACCCUAUUCUCGCUACGUUCCCUCGAUUUGAGUUACAAUAGUAUGCGUGAGAUCAAGUCAUCCACCUUUGGUACUUUACCGACUCUUUUGGAAAUGGAUCUGAGUCACAAUGGACUGGUUAACAUAGUGCGCGGCUCGUUGGCCAAGUUGACCAGUCUGCGACAAUUGUACUUGAACAACAACCAGUUGGAUAAGCUCUUCCAGCUGCCCAUCUCCCUUAAUGAGUUAUACUUCAGCCAUAAUAUGCUAAGUGAAAUACCACCGGGCACGUGGCCGGUGAUGAAUGCACUGAUCUAUCUGGAUCUGAGUCACAAUCAAUUGGGCGACAGCCUUAAUGGACAGAGCUUUACAGGAUUGCUGGUGGUACAGCGUUUAAAGUUGCAAAACAAUGGCAUUACCCUGCCGCCCUUGGAGGCGGUGGCUGUCAUGUCAACGCUGCAAUAUUUGUACUUGGAGCACAAUAACAUCUCUAGUCUGGAGCGCAGUGCUUUUGGCAAGCUGCCCGUUCUGUUUGAGUUGAAUCUGCAUGGCAAUCAAGUCAAGGACAUUAGCAAGCGAGCCUUUGAGGGCCUGUUGCAGUUGCUCACACUGAACUUGUCCUCCAACGGUAUUCAACAACUGCAGAAUGACAUAUUCAUUGGUCUCCCCUCUCUGCGUACUCUCGAUCUGUCGCACAAUUUGCUCUCCAAGUUGGAUAAUAAAACCAACGGCGUUCUGGAUGACUUGCUCAGUUUGGAGACCUUGAAUUUGAGCCACAAUCGGAUAAGCUUUGUGACCAAAAAGACCUUUCCAUCGCAUCAGUAUAUACCUUAUAACUUGAGGAAUCUAGAUUUGAGCUACAACCAAAUGCCCGUGCUCACAUAUGAUAUCACUUUUGGAACGAAGAAACUGUAUAAGUUGGAUGUGUCUCACAACCAGAUCAACGAUCUAAGACGCGGCGUUCUCUCCAACUUCACUUCGCUUCAAAAACUGGAUAUGUCGCACAAUGAGCUCGCAAAUCUCGCCUCUGAGGAGCACAUCUUCGAUCUGCCGCAGAACCUAAGCAGCCUGGAUAUAUCGCACAACCAAAUCUACCAUUUGCCCUUUGCCAAUAUUGUAAAGGUCAGUGCACUAAAAUAUGUGGAUUUGUCCAACAACAGUUUGGAGGAUUUCCCGCCCUCGAUAGUGCGCAAAAUGAGGAAUGGUAGCCUGGUGCAUUUGGCUGGAAAUCCCCUGCACUGCGGCUGCAACACGCGACCGCUGAAGUACUUUAUGCUGCAGCAAACAUGGCCAAGUGAGGAUUUGCAGGGCAUAUAUUGCGGCACUCCGACUGCGAUCAAGGACAAGCAGUUGCUAUCUCUAGAGGAUGAGUACCUGCACUGCGCCGAGGACGAGCGGGUGAUGUAUUCAGGUGCAGACUUUGAGCAGCUCACCGAUGUCCGGUUUCGGGAAGUGCAAGCAACCAAAUCUGGGAAACUGACCCUCAGUUGGUACGUUUCCGGCACCGCUGAUGUAGCCGACUUUCAUGUUUAUAUUCGGAGCUCAAGCAACGAGGUGCUCCAUCAAUCGGACUAUGCGUACAACAAUCGUACUGCCCAGAUUGCUAUUGCAGAACUCCAGGCGCUUGGCGAAGAGAAGCUCCGUGAUGGUGAGAUCUGUAUAAUUUCUCGCGACAGCGACGGUAACACCCGGAAGUGGUUCUCCGGUCAGUGCCAACAAUUGCCAUCGCUCAAGCUGCCGCGCACCUUCUUUUUCGGCAACUUCCAGGUCAGGGGAGGUGGAGCUUCCCUAACAGUCAGUAGUCUACCUCACCUCCUCGUGUUUGCAAUAAUAGUUUUAUCCGUUUUCCGCUUGUAAGUACUAAAAAGGGUUAAAUUAUAUUACAUAAAAUGAUGGCCAAUUCGAUCUGGAUUUAAAAGAACUUAUA